CGAAGAGGGGACCUAUAAUUUGGUCCAGACUAUAUAACGCUUCCCAUUUGGUUUUAAAGUUUUACCCAUACAAAAAGCGAGAGAGGCGUGGAUAUCACCCCAACAACAAUCCUCCAUGAGAACUCGAAGAGGCCUCUGUUAUCCUCGUCUUCAACCCCCCUUCUUUUCCGACAACCGUGUUCGAAAAAGAACACACGAUGCCGCCGCCGACGCCGACCGCCAGUUCUGCCGCAAGAGGAACAAGCCCUCUCCCGACAUAAAAACACCCACUUCCGAUUUGUUUGAUUCCUUGCCGGACGAUCUCGUCAUUUCUAUUCUCUCUAAACUCAGCUCCGCCGCUUCCUCCCCCUCCGAGUUCAUCAAUAUCUUGCUAACAUGCAAAAGAUUAAACAGUUUAGGACUUAAUCCCGUUGUAUUAUCAAGAGCUUCACUGAAGAUUUUUGCAAUUAGCGCUCGGAACUGGACGGAAUCGGCUCACCGGUUUCUGAAACAGUGCUCCGACGCCGGCAACGUCGAGGCCUGUUAUACUCUCGGCAUGAUUCGUUUCUACUGUUUGCAAAAUCGAGGAAGCGGGGCUUCUCUAAUGGCCAAGGCGGCGAUUUAUUCCCACGCGCCGGCGCUUUACUCACUCGCCGUCAUUCAGUUCAACGGCAGUGGUGGCUCCAAAAAUGACAAGAAUCUCGGUGCCGGAGUUGCUCUUUGCGCACGUGCCGCUUUCCUCGGCCACAUCGAUGCCCUUAGGGAACUUGGUCAUUGUCUACAAGACGGUUACGGUGUUCGUCAAAACAUAACGGAGGGUCGUCGGUUUCUUGUUCAGGCUAACGCGCGUGAACUCGCCGCCGUGCUUUCGUCGGAGGCGGGGUCUUCCGUUGCCGCAUCGCGUACGUGUCUGACGUGGAAUCCUCAUCCUCACCACCGGCACGUGACGGGCUCUGCAUGUCCGUUGUUAAGCGAUUUUGGUUGUAAUAUUCCGGCGCCAGAGGUUCAUCCAGCGAGUCAGUUUUUGGCGGAGUGGUUCGCGGCACGUGGGGGGUCGCCGGGGGAUGGUUUGAGACUAUGUUCGCACGUGGGGUGUGGCCGACCAGAGACGAGACGGCAUGAGUUUCGUCGAUGUUCCGUUUGUGGUGCCGUUAACUAUUGCUCACGUGCGUGUCAAGCGUUGGAUUGGAAACUCCGCCACAAGAUGGAUUGCGUUCCUGUGGAACGUUGGCUUGAUGAUAACGGUGACGGUGGGGCCGACGGGGUUGAUGAUAUGAUGGACGAAAGUUAAAAAAAAAACAAAAUUUAAAUUAAAACGAGAAAUGACAGUGACGGUAGCCGUUUCUUAACGUCGGCGGCUUCUCGUAAUUUCAGCCGGAGAGACGUGGAAAUAAAGGGAGAGAAUAAAGAAAUGGAAAAGAACGACGAAAAGGCCAUGUUUUUAUUUUUAUUUUUUGGUUUAAUUAUCUUGUAACCAUGGCCGCCGUAUCGCCGCGGCGUUGCGCGGCGGGGCUUUUAUUGUCCUUUUGUGUACAGGGCGGCGGUGCCUUUUUUUUUUUUUUUUUAAUAUUUUUGAAGGGUCGGGGCCUAAUUUUGUACUAUAGAGCAAUCAGUAAUUUACCACCGGUCCCUCUUAUUUAGGUAAUUAUAAUUUCAGAUUAAAA